AUGGGUUCAAAUACACUUAAUCUAUUGGUUGAAAUGAAAGCUGAUCUUAAAAGGUAAAGCUUUGAGUAUAUCAGAAUCCGGAAUAUUUCUUUAUUGGUGGUAAUUUUGUAAGAUGUAACUUAAAUGGAUCUGAAUUAGAUAAUGUAGACAUACGUGGAGUGAACUUGAACGGUGCAAUGCUAUUUAAUUGUAAAUGGAAGAACUUGAAAAUUAAAGGAUUGAAUAAAUUACAUGGUCAUAGGAAUAAAGUUUGUUCAGUCUGUUUUUCUCCUGAUGGAAACACAUUAACAUUUGGGAAUAGUGAUGAUUCUAUAUCAAUACAGGAUAAUAAAAAGCUAAAUUAUAUUUAGUAUAUUUGUGAAUAAUUAGUUUGUAAUAUAAAAAAAUAAAAAUACUUUAUAGUGUGUUGGCAAUAAUUAAUACCAUUUAUUUUUCCCUAUUUUAUAUUUAAUUAGUUAGUUCUACAAAUAUAUCAUCCUAUUCAUCUUAGGGGGUUAAUCUCAUUUUUAUAGCAAAGAAAAAUUUCUUUAUUUUGGAUUACAUAUUAUGGAUAUGAAUACUUCAUUAACAAUCUUGGUAAUUAUUUAAUAUAAAUUUAGGGUAACUUCAUAAUUUCAUAAUGAAUAAAUUUAGUUGUGAAAUUGAAUUAGAUGAUAAGUUUAUAAAAUAGAUAUAGUUUUAAAGCUAAAAUGAUGAGGGGUAUAAUUUUUUUCAAUAUAUUAAUUAAUGUAAUUUAAAAUUAUCUUCAAGGUGUCCUUGA